AUGGCGCCGUCGACAGGCAGGCAAGCGGGAAGCAGGGGAAAAAACAAGGGAGACGAAAAUUCCCUAGAGAAAUAUGUCACCGGUAACGACAAAGUAUGGAAGAAAGGAAUUGAGAAAAUAAUAGUGGAAAUAGAGGAAAUGAGAAAAGAGAUGAAAGAUGAGAUGAAAGAGAUGAGGGACGAAAUGGAAAGAAUGAAAGGACAGAUGAUGAAAGAGAGAAGAGCAAGAGAGGAAGAAAGAAGAAAGGAGAGGGAAGAGUGGAAACAGGAAAGAGAGACACUGGAAAAAAGAAUAGCAGAACUGGAAGAGAUGAAUGAAAAAAGAGAGAGAAAAGAAAGGAAGAACAAUAUAGUCAUAAAAGGAGUGAAGUGGAGAGAGGUGGAAAGGAUGGAUCAAAGUGAAAGAAUUUAUAAAGGAGAGUUUGAAAGUAGAUGUAGAAGUGAAGAAGAAAUAGACAACUGGGAGCAAAAAAGAAUAAUAAUGAGAAAGAAGAAAGAGCUGGAAAAAGGCAUAAUAAUAGAGGAUGACUUAACAAGAAAAGAAAGAGAAAUACAGCAGAAAUUAGGAAGAAUGGCGAAGGAGGAAAGAGAGAAAGGAGACGACAAAGUAAAGGUGAGUUACAUGAAAAUUAGCCUGAAGAAGAAGUGGUUUAGAUGGAACGAGAGGACGGGAAGCCUGGAAGAGGAAAGAAGAAAGAGAAUCGAAGAAUCAAGAUACAAUGACAGCUAUAAAAAGGUGAUAACAGAAGAACUGCCGGAGUAUCUGAGAGGAAGAAAAAGAAAAAAAGAUAGAAUCAUGAUAGCAAGAUACAGAUGUGGAAACGAGAUGAAAGGGAAUCAACAUUGGAUGAAAGAAGAGGACAGGAAGUGCAGGGUGUGUGGGAAAGAAAUAGAAAGUAUCAAACACGUACUAGAAGAAUGUGAGGGGACAAGAGGCGAAAUAUCAGAGGAAGAGUUUUUGAAAGAAAAUGGUAAAGGCUGUGAAGUAAUGAAAAGAAUAGAGGAAGCAAGGAGGAAAAAGAUAAGCGAACGAGAAAACAUGAAGGAGACUGAGGAAUAA